AUGCAGCUCGUGCAGCCGCCUGUGACGACAGACGUCAACUUGGACGGCUUGCCAGAUGUGGUGGCUGUGGCGCACUAUGCCGGUCGCUUGCUGUAUUGGCCCAACCUGGGCAACAUGGAGUUUGGUCCGGGCGUGGAGCUGUACUGGGUGAACAACAAGCUGGGCUCGGUUGCGGUGGGCGACUUUAACAACGACGGCUUGGAAGAUCUGGUUGUCGGGACGCGGAGCAUUCCGAUCAAACUGUUGGUUCAUCUUCCUGCUCCUGCCGUCACAUACGCUGCGCCCGUCGAUAUCUCGGUCACGACUGCUCCCCAGUUCCAGGGCAUCACGGUGUAUGACAUGAACGGCGACGGAGUGAUGGACGUGAUGGUCUCCAUUUCCGGAGCGCCAUGGGGAUGGAUUCUGCUCAUGAACGACGGGACGGGCUUGUUCACUGAGACGGUGUUUUCGCAGAGGCAACCGUACUACGGCGUCUCUGCUGCAGAUUACAAUGGUGACGGAUUUGUCGACGUGGUGGCCCCAGCAUUGCCCGGGGCAACGUGGAACAUCUUGUACAACGACGGCAGCAACACGUCGUUCACAGCAAGCCCGAUCGCCACGUCUGUUUAUCUAGACACGCUUCGCGAUGGCAGGGUGACCGGGGCCCGUGGUCAGCAGCCACCGGAUUUCAACGGCGACGGCCUCCCUGACAUAGCAUUCAUGCACGUCGUGGCCUUUAACGACGGCGCAGGAGGGUUUACCUACGGCGAGCCGUUCAAAGCUGUCGAGUAUCAAUACGGAACGUACGCCGACAUCGAUCUCGACGGCGACCUCGACAUCCUCCAGCGCUUCAGUUCUGGCUCGGGCGGUGUCCACCUCUACCGCAACCACGGGAACGGCACGUUCGCCGACCCGGAACUCGUCAUGUCGUGGGCGGUUCUUCGGCACAUGCACACUGUGGAUCUCGACUUGGACGGCGACCUCGAUCUCGUGUUUACCGGCGACCCGGGCGGAGGAAGCAGCGACUCGAUCGGGGUGAUGGAGAACCGAGAAGGGGUCUUCCGCACGACAUGCGUUGACCCGGCCGGCGAUUGCCUCGGCGGCGUCGACGACAUCAAGCCGCUCGAGCUUGCCAACAUCACGUACACGGGUUGUCCGUCGACGCACGUGGCGACGCCCAUCCUGCCGAGGGGCGCCCCACUUGUGGUCACGACCGACCCCGGGUACGGCAGGGGCGCUAGGGCGACGAUUGACUGCGGCCACACCGGCGUUCUCUUCUCGGCGGUCGCCACGGCGGCUCUCCGGCUAGAGGGCAUCGAUCUUCUUCGCAUGUCUUCCUCCUUUGCCGCUGUCCCACAGCCGGGGCUGCUGGUCGCCUCAGCCGGCUCCAUGCACUUGCACAAUGUCUCGAUCGCAGACUCGACGACCCAGCUGACCUUUGCUGGCACUGAUCUCCUCUCAAGCACAGUGUGCGGCGGCGCCGUCCUUGUCUCGGGCCCCUCCAAACUCACUGUCACCGACUCGACGUUUGCGCGCAACACGGCAUCCGCGUCUGGCGGGGCCGUCUGUCUCGCACCUCAACUUGGCGUGCCCGGGACACCGACGUUCGACACGUAUCGGACGCUGUUUGAUGGCAACGCCUCGCCUGCGGGGGCGGGCGGUCACGUCGCCGUGGUGGUGGCAAGCAACGAGCGCGGCGCGGUCGCACGACUGCAUGAUUGCGAGAUGGUGGGUGGGCGCGCCAACUUUGGCGGCGCGGCCGCCGUGUAUGUGGACACGAUUCUUGUGUCAGGCUCAUCCGACGCCGCCGAUCUCACGCCCGAGCCAUCUGCGGCGGCCGCCUCUCUUGCUGCCGCAUCCCACAGCCCAGGUCUCAUCAUUGAUGCCGCUACGCGUGUGGGCAACGACCACGCGGCCACAUUCGGCGAUCUUUUCUUUGCCUGCUCGGCGGUCGUCACGCUGGACGCUUCCGUGAGCGGGACGUGGGACGCAUCCGAGCCACCGGUGUUUAUUUGCAUUCCCGCGUCCGGCGUCGCGCCUGUGCCGGGUUGGGUGAAGGGCACGGGCGUGACAGGUGUGCUCGCGUCCGGCUGGUCGCCGCCUGCGGUCGCGGUUGUGGAUGAUGCCGCGACGUCCAUCAUGGCUGGCGGCAGCCUGAAAGUGGUCGUACGGGUGGAGAGCGUGUUUGGCCUCCCGUACACACUCCCCUCGACGCUCGUCGGCGUGGACAUCGACACGCUGGCGCCGGCUGAGUGCGCUGCCGUUAUAGCGCGGCGCAUUACCGAUUCGAUCGUGGGCGCGAGCGGGACACCGCUGGCCAUCACUGUCUCGGCGUUCAACGCCUCGUGCUUGGGCCAUGUGCACCGGAUGCGGGCUGGCGUGGUGACGGCGCUUGCGGCGCCGUUCAUGUUUGCGACGCACGGGCCGCUCUCGACCUCAUUCGACGUCGUCCUCGCACCCUGCGCAGCUGGCUUUGGUCCGGCGUCGAUCGAGCCAUUCGGAUGCUCGCCGUGCGCCAAAGGUACGUACACCGAUGGUUCGUUUGACGGUACCGAGUCGUGUCUCCUCUUUCCGGCCUGUCCGGCAAACACAGUGCGUGGCGAAGCACCUGAGUCACAGGCCUCGACACCGCCGACCUGCUAUUGCGUGCCCGGGACGUACUCGCCGACGCUAGCAGCCGAUACCACAUGUAUCCCGUGCCCGAUCGGGGCGGCGUGCGACGGCGGGCUAGCCCGUCCGCGCUCGCUUCCGGGGUGGAUCGACAUCAGCAACACGACAGGUCGCGUUGUCCAGAUCGAGGCGUGCCCGAGGCCCUCGUCGUGCGCCGGUGACUCCAACUGCUUCCCGGGCGCCACGGGGUUCAUGUGCACGGCGUGCGCCUCCGGCUACUACACACACUCGAACGGAGCGUGUGCCAAGUGUACGGACGGAAUGGUAACGAUGUUUUGGAUCUUCAUCACGAUCGCGUUUGUGGGCGUGAUAGCUGCUGUCGUCGGCGCCGUCUUGGCGGCGUCGUCGUCGAUGGCACCUGCGGUGGUGGUCGGAAGCGAGGAGGCGUGGGCGCGGUCGCGGGUUCUCGCAGUGGUGGCACAGACGGCGUUGGUGUGGCCCACGCCCAUGCGCGAGACGCUCGAGUCGCUGGCAAUGCUCAACUUUUCGCUCGCUUACGUCGGCGGCGAGUGCGUGCUCCUCUCGUUCACCACAACGUACAAGUUUACGGUUGUGGCACCCGGUGCCCUGAUCGUGCUCACAGCAUUGGUGGCGCCGCUACUCAAGCUCUGCACAUCGCGCGUGCCGUCGGUGGGCCUUGUGGUCGAGCGCGUGGUGUUCUCGGCAGGUCCGGUUCUCUACAUCGCGUCCUCGCACGCCGCACUCCAGCUCUUUGACUGCUCGCGGCUGCCGACAGGCGACUAUGUGCUCGACGCCGACCUCGGCUUCAAGUGCUUUACGCCGCAGUGGCUGGCGCUGCUUCCGUGGGCGCUCGUGGCCGUUUUCGUGUACGUCGUGGGCCUGCCUGCAUUCAUGGCGCUCUCGCUGUACCGUGCGCGACAUCGCCUCGCCAGUCCGGACGUGCGAGCUCGUUACGGGCUACUGUACCGCCUCUACAAGCCCGUAUUCUACCAGUUUGAGGUGCUUCUUCUAUUCAAGCGGCUGGCAAUUGUGAUGGCGGUCAUGUUCUUCUCGCGCAUCGUCGUAUGGCUGAUGACAACACUCGUCGGUGUCUUUUCAGUCUUUGCCGCUGUCCAGCUCAAGUACGCGCCGUUUGUCGCCGACGUCUAUAACGUGCUCGAGACGCGCCUCAACGUAGCCCUUCUCAUCAUCCUCAGCAUCGGCGCUGCGUUUUGGGCAAACGACUUUCCUGACGACGGCUCGUACGCCACCUUUGCCGUCCUCGGCAUGGCUGUCAUAGUUGUCUCGUUUGUUCUCAUUCUCCACGUCGCGCUCCGCGAACUCGCCUGGUCCCGUCGUCACUCGUUCCGCGCCGUGGCUGAAGCCGACGCGAGACACAAGCCCGACUCGCCUUCUACAACUUUCGAGCUUGUAGAGUGGAGUGGGGCCAGCUCCACGUCGCCUUUUUCCGAUUCGCCGCAGCCGCUUCCCGACCAAUCAUCGUCGUCUUCAUACUCGGCAUCCUCGUCCUCACUCGCAUCAUGUUCGGUCCAAACAGCCGACCGCACCCUCCCGGCCUCACGCGGUGCCACCCGCCGCGCGUCGAGUACCGCGUACGGCCGCUCAGGCCGUCGCUCUGUUGCUGUAGUGUCCGAUCGCUCAUAG